CCUGUCGCUAUCGGACGCUCCUUCAGUGCAAAAUCGUGCAUGAAAGCAGGCUGCUUUUGCUUUUUCAAGUGGAAAAGUCAAACAAGUGACUUUCUGCGGAAAUUCCAGACUGAAAAGGCAAACCGUGGCUUUUGUCUGAAUUGUGGUCUCCAUACGAUAUAGCAGAUAUAGUUCAAGGUGGUGUGAAUAAUUGAUCGGUCACGUUCUUUCGAUAUCCACAGACUGGAAGUGAUUGGAAGUACGAAAAGUGUAGUGUUCUUAUCAGCCGAAGACUCGAACCAAUCAGAUGAGCAAAGAUGAAUAAAUAUUUGGUUGGAAGACUGUUAAUUUGCUUCUUGAUCAUGUUGGUGGCUAGUGUGCAGGGAGCUAGCAGUUAUUUCUACGAUUCGGACGAACGAUACCCAAACCUACUGGAUGAGGAUACUGAAGACAAUGAAAAAAGUUUAGCAGACGAUAGUUUAUUGGAUAACAUGAUGCAACAAGGUGCUUCCAAGCGUGCUUCGUCUUUGAUUCAAGUCUACCGAAGGGCCUGCAUACGGCGCGGUGGUAAUUGUGACCACCGAUCCAACGAUUGCUGCUACAACAGCUCCUGUCGGUGUAACCUAUGGGGCUCCAACUGUCGCUGUCAGCGAAUGGGCCUAUUCCAAAAAUGGGGAUGAAUGGUGAGCUCUUUUACCGGAAUGGCGAACCUGUCGGUUUCGUUGGUAGCCACUCUUUUGAUAGCAUUUGUGCGACUACCGGCGGUAACCGAUGGCUGUAGUGACAGAAAAAAAUGCUUACGUACAACGGCUGACGAUUCACGGUACAACGCUUGGACUACGGAGCAAUCCAUAUCGCUAUCGAACAACUAUGGUGAAGACUUGAAUGCGGCACACUGGAACACACAUGGACGAAGAACAAACAAGUAGGUUCUAAUUUAAUGUAUUUUAUGGUGAAAUCUGGUUCAUGCGCUUUUAUGCUAAAUCGAAUGAAAAGGAAAUGAAUCGAAUUAUAUGGAUCUAUUAACAAUGUAUUUUAAUGUUGACGGCAGAAGGGUAAUUUUAUUACAAAAAAAAAAACAAAAGGAUACUUAAAAACAUGAUGUGAGAAAUAUGUUUUUACAAAAA